AUGAGUGCCUGUAAGACUGUGCUGGACAAUCCUUCUCCUUUCUACAACCCUUUUCAGUUCGAAAUCAUGUUUGAGUGCAUAGAGGAUCUGUCGGAAGACUUGGAAUGGAACAUUUUCUAUGUGGGUUCAGCAGAAAGUGAAGAAUACAACCAAGUUUUAGACUCUGUUUUAGUGGGCCCUGUUCCUGCAGGAAGGCAUAUGUUUGUAUUUCAGGUUGAUGCACCAAAUCCAGGACUUAUUCCAGAUGCAGAUGCAGUAGGUGUAACAGUUGUGCUAAUUACAUGUGCCCAUCGAGGUCAAGAAUUUAUUAGAGUUGGCUACUAUGUAAAUAAUGAGUAUACGGAGACAGAAUUAAGGGAAAACCCACCAGUAAAACCAGACUUUUCUAAGCUUCAAAGAAAUAUUUUGGCAUCUAAUCCCAGGGUCACAAGAUUCCACAUUAACUGGGAAGACAAUACUGAAAAACUGGAAGAUGCAGAGAGCAGUAACCCAAACUUACAGUCACUUCUUUCAACAGAUGCAUUACCUUCAGCAUCAAAGGGAUGGUCAACAUCAGAAAAUUCAUUAAAUGUCAUGUCAGAAUUUCAUAUAGACUGCAUGUGA